AUGGAGCGUCGGUACCUGGAAGCCCCCCUAGCGCCGGAAGGCAGCGGUGGAUGUCAUAGCUACAAGCGUGCCCAGCUGGAAGAUCUCCUUGGAGAAGUAGCUACGUUACAAGAGGAGCUUGACAAGCAGCACGGUAUCCAGGAACGUGAGGAGGAGAUCGCUAUGUCAUAUUGUACACUGCCUCAGGCUGAGCGGCAGCCUCCCCUAAGACUGCGCAAGAGCCUGAAGCCAACCUCGAGGUUGGAUCCCUCCGCGCGCCGGGGACACGCAAACUCCCUGCGCGCCGGUAGGCACCGGGCCGACGAGGGGCGGGGACAAGCGAAAACGACAGGCGAGACAGCCAAUGGAGACGCAGGAUCGGCCGGCGGCCAUCUGGCGUCCCAAUGGACGCCGCCGAGGGCCUGGCCGAGUGGAGGAAGCGCGGGGGCGACAAAGGGCCUUGUAGUGGUUGACGAGAUCAUCGGGGUGCGAGCCGCGCUGCCCGGUGGCGCCGGUACCGUCUUCGGAACGAUCAUCGUCCAGGCGCUUCCCCGCCAACGUCACCUACGAGGACGAGGAGCUCUGAAGCGUUUCCUAGUCAUGCCUAAGGAGCCAAUUAUCAGGUGGCCUGAAGCAGAAGAUUGUGGUGAAUCUCUUCUUGGGCAUUUAAUGAUUGUUGGCAAGGAGCAUGAUGCUCACCUGGGCCUGACCAAUGGAUUCCGGAGGGUUGUGAAUGAAGGGCUGGAGGAUGGUCAGUCUGUGAAUCACGUACGUCUACGUCAGUUGGGCUGGUCGCCUGGCUAAGAGUUUUUCACCGCAGGAGUUGCUGCACAUGUACACGUCGCCACUGCAUGGAUUUCGACUGUUGCCCGUCAAUCUAGCCUCUGUCGAUGUCUGAUUUUUCUGUGACGCGUGUCUGUGGAAGGUAAUAAAAGUUCUGAGCAGCAGUUGCACAAUAAAGAUCGAGCAUGGGGAUAUCA